GAGCCCUGAGGAUCCUGGGAAGUUGGGAAGGAAUUUUUAGAUUGAAUGAAGAGAGAAGUUCAGACGCACACGAGCAUGAGGAGGUUUUUCCAAGCGCACAGGGACGAGGACCACGGUCAGAUCCAGUACCUGACGGCCAAGUGCACCCGGCUGGCUCAUGAUAAAGCAGUGCUCGACAGGGACUUCCUGGUAUCCAAAGACCGAGAGAGGAAGCUGCAGAAUGAUCUGGAAGCUGCGACUGCCCGACUUGUUCACCAGGAUCAGCUGAACAUGGAGCUCAGGAUGCAACAGGACCAACUCUUCAGCAGGAUCCACCAGCAGCAGGACCUGGUGGACAUGCUGCAGCAGCGGUUUGUCCUGCUGGCGGAGGAGAGCUUCCGGGACGCAGAGCUGCUGCGUCAGGUCGGCACCGAGCUGCUGUGUCUGCAGAGCUCCGAGGUGAAGCUUGAGGGCCUGGUGGAGGAGCUGCACGCUGAGGCCCAGCACAGAGCAGUGGUUGCAGAGAGCCUCCAGGUGGAGCUGCAUGCUGAGGCCCAGCACAGGGCUGUGCUGACAGAGAGCCUCCAGGCGGAGCUGAGCAGUAAAUCAGUGGAGCUGGAGGAGCUACAAGAAAACAACAAAACUCUGAGAGAAGAGCUGCAGGGUUUACGCUCUGCUCAUGAGCAGGAGGUGAGGGAGCUGCAGCAGGAGAAUCAGAGGAGUCUGGGGAAACUGCAGGAGACAGCGGAGCAGUGUGAGUGGCUCUGUCAGCAGCAGAGAUACUGGAUGUGUUGUGUCAAGAGAUUCAAACGCUGCCUGAUGGAGGAGAGAGAAUCUCUGCUGCGACAGGUCAGCACGCUGGAAAAGAAGCUGAUGAAGACUGAACAUGACGAAGGUCACACACAGAGUGUCCUCUGUCCGCUAAAAGAGACUUCAUGCUGUGACAGCAGCAUGUCAUCGUGGGAGGCAGAUUCAGUGGUCCACCUGGAGUCUCAGGUAGAGAAAUCAAACACGGAUCUCUUUACACAGAUAGUUUAGAACUGAAGAAGCCUUUUGGGAGGAGAGGUGAAACGUCUUCAAGAUCUUCAAACAGUCCAGUUGCCUUUGGAUCAAGCUUCAGAUUUACCAUGAGCUGGAUGACUGAGAACCUGCACAGGUUCCUACAUAAAAAAUAUUACUUAUCAAACAAAAUAGUUGCUAUGAACGUCUUUCAAUGAAAGCUGUAGGACAAUCUUUUUUUGCCUUUUCUUCUGGUCCCAUCACAUGAACUUUUCUUUUAAAAGCAACAACUUAAGGAAUAAAAAAAUCUUUCUGGAUGGAGGUCGAGGACAGAUCUGAUGACUGAAACAGAAGACUUCUAAAACCACAGGGCUAAUAUUCAUCUGGGUGAGGCUGCCAGACCUUACACUGGUUGUUGUACAGCCAGUUCUCUGAAACAUUAACGCAGCUGGAGUCUCAUCUUUACUUUUU